AUGGCGGUGUGCUGGAGGCGGCGUGGCUGCAGUGCGCACUUUGUCUCUUGGCCCUCUGCGGCGUCGCAGUGCCUCCUCCUUCUCGUCGUCCUUCUGCUGCUGCUGCUUCCGUUACCCCCGCACAGCGCAGCCGCCCAAGACGCGGAUCCUGACACCCCAGUGAAGAUUUUGAUGUUGAAGCCAAGUUUUUCCACCAAAGCCGACUCUAUGUCCACUGCGUUUUACGCCGGCGUGCAUGCGUCGCUGAUGGCGCACAACUCCACGGCUGAGGACGACGUUCGCGUUGAGGUUGUCGAAAGGGAAGCGAAGCUUGACAACUACGCCACCGUUCUGGAGGAAGUGAUGCAGAAAGAAAAGGACAUUCUCGUUCUUCUGGCCCAGUUUGAUGAUGCUUACGUGAUGGUGGCCCUUUCAGUUUUGUCUCGCCAUGACCUCGUCUCUUUUGCCCCGUUCACCAGGUCGAGUGCGGUGCGUGGGUGGAACCCCCAUGUGUACUUUGUGCGCCCCAGCCCUAAGGCCGAGCUGCUGGCACUUCUCCGCUACGCCGUGACUCAGCUGCGGGUGCUUCGGCUGGGCUUCAUGUACCUGCAGGGUGAUUUUUAUGGUAGAACGGAGUAUGAGAUGGCCCAAGAUGUGAUGUCGAAGAUGGGCUACAAGUUCUGCGACGUCUUCGCCGUGAAAACCGCUUCGAGUGGUGAGGCCGACCCUAACGAGUUCGACGAUGUGUGGGAGCGGUUUGCUGCGACUCAGCCGCAGGCUGUGAUUAUGUUUGGCUUGCCGCUGGCAGCCACUGGGGAAUUCGUUACGAGGAUGCUGAAGGACGAUCGCACCGCCGGCGCGUACCUGCUGGCCUCCGUUGGUUUGCAGCCAACUGUUCUCGACACGUGGCGUGCUGCCGUGGCUGAUGAUGGUGUCAAGUUUGUGCCCGGGCAGGUGAUCACGACGGGGACGAACCCGCUGGCGAAUGACGAAUGGUACAAUGCCGUCGGCCGCUUCCAGGGGGCGAUGCGGGAUUACCUGGAGAACAGUGGGCAGGGGGUCUACAAUGACACGGAGCAUUUCCUCAACAAUGACGGUGACGGGGAGCUGAUGGUUGAUGGGUGGGUUGCCGGCGAGGUGCUGGCGCAGGCGCUGAGCGACUGUAAAGGAGUGAGGGACCGCAAGUCGUUCAUGGAGUCUCUCUUCAGCCAACGCCGGUAUGUAAUCGACGAGCUUGUGAUUGGCGACUAUGGUGGUGAGUGCGAAGGCGCGGCCGAAGCACGGGGGGCCGCCUGCCGCUGCAACCAGGGCGGCACCGCGGUGUACAUGAAGCGGUUCGUGGAGGGCUACCGCGCAGAGGCAAUUGCUGAGGGCCUCAUGACUUUCUACCCCUCAGAUUGUAACGCUACAUCGACUCACGUGCCGCCGGUGCUUAUUGGGGUGGAGUUUCUCAUGAAUGAUAGCGCUGUUGCACAACGUGCAUUUGACGAGUUGAACAACGGGUUUGUUGUGGCAAUUACCGGCCAUAAGUCUUCGUGGGAUGAAGCUGAGAUCAUCGUGGCCUCUCCUCCCUCCACUCUUGCUGACGCACGUGACGCCCUGCAGUCGGAGAUGCAGUCACGGCGGGUUCAUGGGGUUGUGGGUGUUGUGACGGAGGCGAUGCUGGGCGUGGGGAGUGUGGCCUUCAUCGACCCGCUGCAGCUCGAGCCGCGGCUGAACAGGUUCCGUCGGCACGUGAUCCACCUGUCGCCGACGCUGGAGCAGCAGUUCUUCGUGCUGGCGGAGUACCUCCGGGACACGGGUGUCCGCGCGGCGCACGCGGUGGUCCGCGGCGAGGAGGCGGCGGCGGUGGCGGAGGUGCUGCGGCGGUCGCUGGUGACGUUUGGCGGGUCGCUGCGGUCCGCGACGCUGCUGGCCGGCGGCGACGCGCUGGCGGAGCACCUGCCGGAGGCGGGCGACGUGUUCGUGGCGGGCCUUGCGGCCGGCGACGUCGCUGCGGUGGCGCGGCACGUGGCGUUGCACGAACGGCGUGCGCGUGUUCGUCGCGUUCUCCGAGUUUGCGCUGCU